AUGGCAGCAACGCUUACUCAGAACCGCUCUGUGUUUUCGCAGAGCCACUUCGGCCGCAGCAAUCACGCGACCGGAGAUUGCGAUGAUGCCUCCCCGUCUGGCGCCACAACCGGGUGUUACCUCUACUAUGAGAGUUCGUCCUUUGGCAAUGCCCGUGUCACCACCGGCCCCCGCAUGGCGGACCCCUUGACAGCUCAGGCCGAGAACAUGACCAAGGAAGAAUUCGCUGCGUUUCAGAAAGAAAAUGUUGACCGUGUGACUGAGAAAUUCAUGGAGGAGACGAGGCAUGCUAUUUUGAGUCAAAACGAAAAUGGCGAGUUGUUGAACCAUCGAAUCUCUCCCUCUGUCCUUACGGAUGAUUGGGUCCUACGAGCCACCGAGUUUGUCAAAGAAAUUUGCGAACAGCCGUUGGACCAGAGAGCCACGAUCUCUUUGGCCAUGACAGAAAAGAUUAAGCGUGGGUAUUCCGAAGGGUGGCUAGUGGUCAAGGCAAUGGGGCCGCAUCCCUUGCCCGUCGUCAUGUUUACCACGCGAGAGGGCGACUUCGGGUUGAUGGGUUGCCUUGAUAGCAUUAUGGCGCAGUUACAUCAAGUGCUUUCCCAUUCCUUCCCGUACUGCGAUGUUUCUCCCCUCCAAACAACGAAAAAUAUGUGGUCCGAGUUGGCUCGAGAGUUAGAGGAACCAGACCGCGACAUCGCUGGUCGCGGCCUCAAGGAUGCGAUGGAACGGAUUGAAGUUUUGAAGCGUCAAGGGGCCAGCAAGGUCGAUAUCAAGGCAGAAAUGCAGCGCCUCAGGACCAUCCGCAGAGGACGCCUGGUCGCCAAAAAUCCAAUCAGCGACGCGGACAAGGAAAGGAUGAGAGAAGAAAAGGACAAGAAGGUGGAUUCUGUUUCCACUGGCAAACUCAAGAGGGUGGAUUCUGUUUCCACUGGCAAACUCAAAAGGCGAUCCUUCUGGGACGCGCUCGUCGUCUCGAAACAGCAUUAUUGGAAAACCUAUGGAAGAACCUGGGCCUGGACUGGUUUGGUGGCUGCGGUGGCUCUAUACUAUGUCUAUUGGUUGAUGAGGCCAGUGGCGCUACCACGUUAA